CAUAAAAUAAGUACAAAUAACAAGAUUAGGUGUGUUUUAAAAAGGCGGUUUUCGUUUAAAGAAAAUAAAGAUUGAUUACACCAAGGGGAGGUGAAAGUAACCGAAUAUUUCUUGAAAAGGUCAGAGUUCAACGUGAAAGAUGGCGACCACAAAAGAAAAAGCAAUUGUAUUUGUUUAUUUUACGUGUUUAUUUGAGUCUGUCAGAGGUUAUUACUGUGACAAUGACAAAUGCCUAGAAGAAGAAUUUUGUUGUGGAGAAAACAUAUGUUGUGUAUCAUAUAAAGUUUGGGAGUUGUGGUAUUUUUGGUGUGGUAUAUUGUUUUGUUUGUUUUUACUGUCAAUGUGUGCCUGUUUCUGGAGGCAGCGUCAACGAGCAUACUGGGUAUUUCAUUCUCCGACUCCAUACCGUCCAUUGAACCCAGAGGAUAAAUCUUCAUACAAUCCUGUACAUGGUGAUCCAUACAACACAAAAGAUAGGUCACUGUCUCCUACAUUUUACAGUCCCUCUUCCACACAGCCAUCUUGGUAUGCCCCUCAUCCAGCUGGCAACACGCCAACACAGCCCUACACAGACACAGAACAACUUUAUGAUACAGGACAUGGCCGGAAACCAGACUACUGAGAGAAUUAGAUACCAGUCUAUACAGUUGCAUUGUGGGUACUGUCAAAAACAGGAAGCUACAAAUUUAGAUCUUGAAAAGUUUAUGGUUUGAACUGAGGAUCGGGUCCAAAUAUUUUCAAAUGAUAAUCAUCGAUUGAUAUUUUGAAAAAAAUAAUAUUCAAAUUAAUUCAAAUUGUAGUCUGUUUAGAGAAAUUGUUUAACUGAAAAAGUUCAUUGUAUUAGAUUAUAAAGAAGUUCUUCGUAAAUGCUAAUGAUUACCUGACUUUGUUUCAUAAAUUGGCAUAGAUGAUAAGACAUAGCAAGAUACUUCUAACAAGUGUAAUGGAUUACAAGCAUGUUACAUGUUUAAGAAAACUAAAGAAAAUAGCACUGAACAUGCACUAAGGUGUCUUAAAGGAAGCAAAAUGUGAACAAAGUAGUAUUUUGACUUCAAUACAAAAUACUAAUUCACUAUAAUUAUACAAAAGAUAGUUCAUCUAUAAGUAAUUUUUGGAAACUAUAACAAGAUACGAAAAUUAAACAUUUGAUAGCAUAUCUGAGGCACAAUAGGCCUUAUUAUAUACACCAAGAGUGUGUGACAAUUUUUUUUUUAAAUGUUAUAUUUAUCAACUAUUUAGAGAAUCAGUUUUGUGAUGAAGUUAAUCAUCUUUGGACCCUAAGUCUGUGUUGUAAGUGAAUGAAAGAAAAUCUCCUUAGAAUCAUUGUAUAUCUAUAUGGUAAAACGAGAAUACACAUAGUAUUUUAAUAAUAUAAUUUGUACAUAAAUUUAUGAUCUUUUGUUGGUCACUUUCAUGUAUUUAGAUAUACAAUUAAGUUGAAUAAUUUGAUGAUGAUGAUAAUAUAAAUGCUCUGAUGAAUGAGAAAGCAAAGAAAAAAAAAUAUUAAAAAAGAAAUAACUUAAACAUAUUAAGGCUAUUGCUUUUAGAAAAGGAAGGCCAAUAAAUAUAACAACUUUUUAAUUUUAACAAAUUUUUUUGUUAUACAAACAAAACACCAAAAAUGUUGAUUUUUUAAAGGUUAUAUUGAAGAUUGUUUUGAAGUUAUAUUAAAAAUUUAAGGUUAUAUUGAAGAUUGUUUUGAGGUUAGAUGGAUAACUGUUUUAAGGUUAUAUUGAAAAUUGUUUUUAGGUUAUUUUGAAGAUUGUUUUGAGGUUAUAUUGCAUAAAAAUGGUGAAGUUUUGCCUGAAAUGAGAUCUUAAAACUGUAAGCCUACUGGCAGCAACAGAUUCUACCCAUGUGACCUGUGCAGACCAACAUCAGUCAGCACAUCCAUGCAUUGCCGUCUGGAUGUCCCAUGGUCUGCACUGUUCAAUAUUCAGUCAGUAUAUAUUUUGAAAUUUUCGUGAAAAAAAAAAGAUGAAUGUUUAUGUCCAGAUUGAAAGAUGGACAAGUCCAUUUAAGAUAUUUAAAGUGUUAAGGAUUAAUAAUUUAAUUUACCCGGUAGUUUAUAUUAUAUGCAAAGUAGACAAUUGUCUGAAAGUCAGAAAUAAUUAGAAAGAAAGUUUUAAAUGAUCUCAUGAAAUCUUAUAAAAUGUUAAUUUCAUUUGGUCUGAUUUUUGUUUUAUGUGCUUUCUUUUUGAUAAUCUCAUUGUCUGUGAUGUGCAGUAAUUCAUUGACAAAUAAUAAGCAGCCUAAUAGGCUGCUUAUUCUGGUAUGUUGUUAGCUUUGGGGAUAUUAUUUGAAUUUGCUAAUUUGAUGAGAUAUUGAGAAAAAUUCAGAUGUCAUUAAUAUUAUACAAACGUACAUGUAGUCUGUGAAAAGGUACUUAAUUUGUUUUUUCAAUAAAGAUGUUGUAAUAUGGUAAAGUUCAUUUGGGUAGAAACAGUCAUUCAGAACAAAAUCCUCACAUUAUUUUUUUUUUUUACAAAAAAUAUGUCAAGAAUUCACCACAUAUAAAAAGAGGGACUAAAAGUUUUCAAAUUUUUUAUUAAAGAACCAGUUUCAAAUACUCAUUCCUGAUUGGUUGCUUUAGAAAAACACACUAAUCUCAGCCUUCUGAUUGGUUGACUUUGUAAAUUACUAGGAAAUUGUACAAGUCACAAAGGCACAUUUAAGGUCCCUAUUUUUACUUCUAUAAAGUUACAUAAUAUUUUUAUUUACUUUUGUGUUUUGCAACAGACAGCCUUAAGUCGUAAUAUAGGCUAGAAUGGGAAUUUAUAAAUGUGGGUUUUUAAUAUCAUAUUGCUGUUAAUUAAUGAGCUAUGUUUAGUUUUUAAAAAAAAUUGCAAGCAACAUACAGUUUUGGGUCAUGGUAGUAAUAUAAAUAUAUUUUGUAAAUAUUUAUUUCUGUUAUUGCUUCCAUUUUGUCUGUUUUAAUGUUUGAAAAAUUUUGCUUUAUUUAAUGACAUGAUGAUGAAGUUGUCCUAUCAUUCUUUAUAUGGCUAAAUAACGUAUAUUGUGAAUGUUUAGAUGAAAUUCUCAUUCUUAAAGGCACAUUAUGCCUCAGAAAUGAAUAUAAUUUUCCUUCUUUAGAAAGGACAAACAUAAGUUAAUUAUGUUUAAAUUAUAGUUUUCAUAUGUUUAAGUAAUAGUUUUCGGGCAUGUUAGAGGCAUAUUACCUGUUAAAAGUAGCACUGAAUAUGAAAUUAUUUGUCAUGAAAGUAGCAAAAUGUAAACCCUUCCAUACACAAUACUAAAUCACUAUAAAUGUACUACUUCCCAGAAAAAAGGAGUGAAAAAUGAUUCAGCUAAUUGGCAAAUCGGUAAGCUUUUGGAAACUAUGACAGGACACCAAAAUAUAAAAAGCUUUUUAGAAUUGAAAUAUAGGUAUUUCUGGGACAAAAUGGGCCUUUAAAUGUAAUGGCUUUUAAAUAAGAUAUUGUUUUGAAAAUUUAAUUAUUUUAAACAUUUUUACACUUUUUUAAUUAUACAGUGUUCCACAUUGCUUAACAUUUCAAACUUUGCUUCUAGUUAAAAAUGAUUUUCUUUUUCAUAGUUGGAAUCAUGGUUUAUAAAUUUUUUAUGUAUCUAGAGUUAAGGACCUUUGUUUAUACAUAAUCAUUAACAUUGAAUUGUUUCCAUUGUUUUUGUUUCAAGUUUACAAGCAGCUGGACUGUGUCUACCUAAUUCACCUCUGGUUUACAGAUAUCUAUUUUUGUCCUGCAUUUU